AUGGAAGAAAAUAGAAAGAAACCAUAUAGUACUGACGAAAUUGUUCUUAAAACAUUUACCGUUGAUUCCUCUAAUCGUUCCACAAGUAGCAGCUUGUCUGAUUCAAAUGCUUCUGCUGUAGAUUAUCAUGAAGGAGAAAUCGUUGCGUAUUUUUCAGCAAUUAGAGUCCAACCAUCUACGGUCACAAAUGCGGAUUUGCUUGCUAAUGCUGCAGAUUAUAUCAACUUAAUUUCUAUUUCUGAAUGCAUUGUUACGGUUCCUCCUUUGCAAAAACUUAUUUCCAAUGAACUUGAAAGGGAUAUGAUUGAGUCUGGGAAUCACAACGAUAUCGAGGUUUUAAAUUGCCCCUGUCAUACCCAAUCCGUGGAAAGAACUGUCAAGCACUUUCUGGCGCAUUUCCGUAAAGGACCAAAUUCUGUUACCAGAGCAGUAUCAAUUUCGCAGUCACCUAUAUAUCACGAACAGUAUUUAGAAUGUCGACAUCAAAUAUGUGAAAGAGCCGACGACUAUCCCGAAUUAGAUAUAUUGAAUAUAAUGAAAGAUACAGAACAUAUAGAAGGAUUUUUUGGAUAUAUUUUAAACGCCACCACGACCAGAGGCAUUGAUUUAAGCUCCAGGUUUGGUUCCGGAACAGGCGAAAAGUUAUGCCUGAUAGAAUACAAUGGUACUUUUACCCCAAGAGUCCUAAGGAAUGUUGGACUGCAAUGGAAAUACGUUGUUAAUGUAGAAGGGUAUCAUCAACGGUUUACUUCAGAAAUUUGCAAUCAACACUGCACGAAUUUCGGCUACAAAUGCAAACAGAGUUUCACCGAGGUCCAUCUGCUCACCUACGAAGAAGGCGUCAUCGACUUCGACAAAUUCAUGAUACCUACUAAAUGCAACUGCGAUUGUGAUUCGUAG